GUCGCUGUUGUUUGGGCCGUGACGGAGCUUGUACACGUAGCCUAGUAGAAUGUGUUCAUGGAAGAUGGUGGCGUUGUGUGACACUCACAGUCCUGCAUACUUCUACGCCUGACUUCAGUCUCUUCAGUAACAUCUUCCAGGGUGACCUGGUCCUUGGACCUGCUCUGCCGCCAUGCAGCCAAAUCCUCGGGCUGGACCGCCCGGGGCUUCUGUGCCUGGUAUGCCAGGCAGGAUGAGACCUCAGAAGCAUCCAGCGGCGGCGGCGGCUACUAUGCCCCCUCCUGCCCAGCCCAUCACAGACCCUUUUGCUUUUGGAAGGGCUCAGCCGCCCAUGGCUGCAGGUGGUCUUCCCACGAUACCCAACAGCAGCCCUCCACAGAUGCAAACUCCACCUAACGCCAUGUACUCUCAGCUUGGCUCGGGACCCCCUUCGCAGCCGCAGUUGUUUGAAAACGUUCCAGCUGGCGCGGCUGGUCCCCCGCCCCCCACCUUGCCAGGGGUGAAUCUGUUCACCCCUCACAGCAGAGCGUCUCCUGGUGUUUUCCCAUCUCCGAGUCCCACGAGAUACGCGUCCGCUAAUAGCGAACAGGACUAUUUUAACUCAAGAGGUCCGGCAGCAGCAGCAGCCAUGUCCGCUGAGGCGUCACACACGGCGCCGUCGCCUGGCAACACGCUUUUUAACCAGGAUUUUCAAGCACAGCAUCUUGGCCAGCCUCUGCCUUUCCAACCCCUCCCUCUCACGUCUUCGUCUGGUCAGUGGGCUCCUGAUCACUCCAGCCGCCCUCCCUCAGUUCAGAACUAUUUCCAACCAACUAUUGAUCCACCAGCGCGGCCCUCAAACAUGCCACCGCAGGCCCAGAUGUACCCCGCCCACAGCCAGUCAACCCAUCACAACGCCCCCGCCCCUGCACCCCAUCCUGGACAUCCCCAGAGCCAAGCUCCCGUUCCUCUCCAGGACCCCGCAGCAGCUGCUAGCUCUUUCCUGCCUGACCCAAAUGGACCCCAGCACCAUAAUUCCCAUUUCCAGACCCAGAGUUAUUUCAGUCAGAGCUCUGCGCCCCACGACGGGUGGUUCAACCAACCCGCGCAGGAUUCAGGCUACCACCAAAUGGGAACUGGGUCAAGCCAUCCUCAGCCCCCCGCAGACUCUGCUGGAUCUCCUCACGCUGGCAGCGUGGGCCGUGGCCCCGCCAGCCAGCCCGGCCCCAGUUCUCUCCCCGCCCCAGAUGCGUAUGCUCCAGGGUCCGGUACCGUCUCCAUGUUCUUCAGAGGCGGCGAUGUGGAGAAUGAGGAAACGCUCGCCGACGAGAGGAAUAAGGCGCUGAACGGCGUCGCUGCAUCGUUUCAGCCCCACAGCCACCUGCCGGCCCAGAGUGGGCAGUCAGAGCCGUCUGUGGAUUACCAAGGAGCGUCUGUGCCGGAUCACUCGCACCUUCCUUAUAUGAACGAAAGCAGUCAUCCUCCGCAGGGACACACCCAGAAGCCCCCGGAUAACGACCUGGACCAUGUGGAGAAUUUGGAGUGUGUUCCAAACCAGGAAGUUUUACCCAACGAACCCAACAGCAGCGCCGCCACUGCGGCUGCUGCAGCAGCUCCCAACCCGGUAGACCAGUUUGAAGCAGGACCCAACCUCGAAACUCCAGAUUCAAUUCCACGACCAAUUAGGUCUGCGAGCGUGUCGUCGAACUACAGCAACUUAAGCCAUGGAAGUGGGACCGGCCCCCGUCGGUACCAGGGAGUCGAGGGCACCUUUAUCCAGCAGGAAAGCCCACGUCUCGGGGAUAAUCCCAACUCCUCUGCUGCUGCGGCGGCGGCUAGAGGCUACUUUGAGCAGAUUGAUACGUCUCCAGGGGGCGACGCCGGCACGCAGCAGGGUUCAGUGGAGCACGUGUGGCACCCCACGCCUAGCCCUCCCAAACCGACCGGUAUCUUUCAAGCGAGCGCCAACAGCUCGUUCGAGCCUGUGCGCUCGCAUGGAGUCGGAGUGCGUCCCGUCGAAGUUGACAGGGCCAAAAUGGUCGCCGAAGGAGGCGCCGACUCCACGACCGGCAACUUGGAGCAGCCGCCGGACAACAUGGAAAAUAUCUGCGUGCCGGGGCAAGCUCCAGCGCCUGCUCCCGGAGAGGCACUACCAAAUCAAACGCACCCGGCGGUACAUCCUCAUUCUCGACCGUCGUCUCGUGCUUUAGGCGCCAGCCAGCCCUCCGAGAGUCCCGCCACCACUCUGUGGGCUCAGAAUGACCCCGCCAGCCUGGGUGCCAGCAUCCUCCUCGCUCCCGCGGCCCCCGCAUUGUUGGCCCCGCUGAGAGAGCCCAGUGCCGAUGUCAUCCAGCCGCCGGAGGACUGUCCGCUGGACCUGCAGUCCUCGCAGAGAGUCCAGACCGCUUGUCACUCGGAGAACCUAGAAAACCCACCGAAGGUGAGUGAUGGCGAGCCGGCUGACUCCCAAAGCAACCUGGGCUACGCCUCUCUGCUCGUGUCCGGCUCGCUUCAUCAGCCCGUUUUAAUUGCCCCGCCUGUGUCCAAUUACAGCGUGAUUGCCCCCGCUCUUCCCCCUCAAUCGUCCGCUCAGGCUAAUCACGGACAGGUUCCUCCCCCCGAAAGGUCUCUUGCGCAGGGGCCGGGGGCCAGCGUCUCCCAGCCGGCAGCCCUGCCUUCAAAAUCAAACCCGCUCUUUUCUUUCGGGUCCACGGCUUUAUGUUCCCCAGCUCCCAGCCAGAGCCCGCUCAAUCUGACCCGGGACAAAGCCGCUGGAGCGACGUCGGAAAUCACAAGUCCAACGCUCCCUCAGCCGGUCCACCCUCCUCUGUCCAGGGGCCAAUCAUUGGGGGCAGAAAGCCACUCUGCCGUUGAUUCGCAGCCCGCUUCUCUCGCGACCGCUCCUGUCUCUAAUCACAAUUCGACGUUAAACUAUGAACUGCUUGAUUUUUCUAUGCACCAAUCAUACGCCCAGAGCCAUGCCUAUGGCCAGCCGUCAUCUCUGCACGAGUCUUCGCAGUCUAGUAACGGAUUCUACCUGCAGGUCACCAAAGACGCUCAGCAGGGGGUAAGGGAGGUAGGCAGCGUCCCUGUCCAGACGGCAGGUUCCUCGUCCGCGCCGCAGGCACCGCCUCAGGCCGCAGCGGGCGCGCAGCACGAGUCUCCCAAAGCGUCAGAUCCUCAGGUUGCAGCUCCUCUUCCUGUGAGCGGAGCCCAGCCUUCUCUCGCUCAGUAUUCAGCUCCGGCGCAGGGGCCCGCCGCAGGGAGCGCUCCUGUUCCUGCCGCUCCUGCAGCGUACCCCCAAGUCCUGCAGGGGCCUGCACCUCCGGGGGUUUCCCAGCCAGCUCCAGCUGAGGCGCCUCGGCCACCUUCCUCUGCAGGCAGCCAUCAAAGCUUUGUGCAUCCUCCUCCUCCUCCUCCUCCUGCUGAAGCAGCGCAGAUGCAUGGCGGCUACUAUGGAAAUUAUGGUGAAUACCCAGAAAGCAGGGGACAGUAUCCUCCGGCCCAGUAUCCACCUCCGCCCGGAGAUCCGAGGGUGCAGCCCUAUUAUCAAGAUCCCGCCUACAGGGGCAGAGCGGAUCCCUGGUACGGCAGAUACGACGGGCAGAACCCAGCGUACCGCGAUCCCAACUACCAAUACAGAGAGCCACCAUCAGAUCGACCCAGCUCACGGGCCAGCCAGUACUCAGACAGGCCCUCAUCCAGGCAAGGCUAUCCUGAUGAUUACCAACGGGCAAACCGAAAUCCCUACGCUGAAUACUAUGCAGAUUACGGCAAGAACUAUGAUUAUAGAGGUUACAACUAUGGAGCAUACGACCCACGCUACAGGGGAUACUAUGAUAACUCCUAUUGGGCUUAUUACAAUGAAUCCUACAAAAACGGCUACUACAAUCAGCAGUAUCCCUCCAGGAAAGAGGGCUACGACGACCAGUGGCAGUACUACCCGGGGUAUGACCGCAGCUUUGACGACGACAACGUGCGCGGAAGAGACGCCUACGGGGACGACUUCGACCGGCGCAGCGUGCACAGCGAGCAGUCGGCGCACAGCGUGCACAGCUCCACCAGUCAUCACAGCAGACGGAGCAGCUUCAGCUCUCGGUCCCAGCAGAGCCAGGUGUACAGGAGCCAGCCUGACUUGUCUGCAGUGUAUGACGCAACCCAAUCCACUCUGCCUGUUGACUACUCUUACGCGCAGUACCCAAAUCAAGCGGAUGCUUCUCAGACCUACAGCCAGUACAUGUAUCCCUCAGAGUACACCGCAGACAGUACCUGUUUUGCCCCAGAGCAGCCUCCCCCUCGUCCUGCGACCCCAGAGAAGUUUACCAUGCCCCAUCGAUGUGCUCGCUUUGGACCUGGUGGCCAUCUUAUUCAAGUCCUGCCCAACCUCCCCUCAGCUGGGCAGCCUGCUCUGGUUGAGAUCCACAACAUGGAGACCAUGCUGCAGGACACCUCAGAUCAGGCCGAACUACGAGGCUUCCCUGGACCUCUGAUUAAGGAGGAGACCCACAAGGUCGACGUGAUAAAGUUCUCGCAGAACAAAGCGGUCGAGUGUUCCCGUGACAACAACCUGCUGGACAGAGACUCUGCCCGUCUGCUCUGGGACUUCAUUGUGCUGCUUUGCAGGCAGAACGGGACUGUGGUCGGCACAGACAUCGCCGACCUCCUGCUGAAGGAGCACCGCUCCGUCUGGCUGCCCGGCAAGAGUCCCAACGAAGCCAACCUGAUCGAUUUCAACAACGAGCCCCUCGCUCGAGCCGAGGAGGAGCCCGGAGCCGGACCGCUGUCCCUCCUGUCCGACACCUUCAUGAUCGUCCCGGAGAACAUCGGCAAGGAAACGGAGCGCUUCAGGGAGAUGCUCCUGUUCGGCCGCAAGAAGGAUGCACUGGAAGCAGCCAUGAAAGGAGGUCUGUGGGGUCACGCCUUGCUGUUGGCCAGUAAGAUGGACAACAGGACGCACGCACGUGUCAUGACAAGGUUCGCGAAUAGUUUGCCAAUGAAUGACCCUCUCCAGACUAUGUACCAGCUGAUGUCGGGGAGAAUGCCUGCUUCAGCCACCUGCUGUGGAGAGGAGAAGUGGGGUGACUGGCGCCCUCAUCUGGCCAUGGUGCUUUCCAACCUCACACACAAUAUGGACUUGGACACUCGCACCAUCACCACCAUGGGGGACACUCUAGCUUCUAAGGGGCUGACUGAUGCCGCUCAUUUCUGCUACCUGAUGGCCCAAGUGGGCCUGGGGGUCUACACCAAGAAGAGCACCAAGCUGGUGUUGAUUGGCGCCAACCACAGUUUGCCCUUUAAUCAGUUUGCCACCAAUGAAGCAAUCCAGAGGACUGAGGCCUAUGAGUAUGCUCAGUCUCUGGGCUCCCAGCCGUGUUCACUGCCCAACUUCCAGGUGUUUAAGUUAAUCUAUGCAUGCCGACUGGCUGAAGCAGGCCUGUGUGCCCAAGCUUAUCAUUACUGUGAAGUCAUCUCAAAGACGGUUCUCAUGCAUCCGUCUUACUACUCCCCAGUGUUCAUCAGCCAGGUCAUACAGAUGUCCGAAAAGCUACGGUUCUUUGAUCCGCAACUGAAGGAAAGACCCGAGCAGGAGAUGUUCAUUGAUCCCGAAUGGCUGAUCCGCCUCAAACAGCUGGACGGACAGAUCAGGACUGGUGCGAUUACGUACAACUUGGACCGAGGUACUCCUGCACAGUUUGACUGCAGCAGCGAAAGUUCAGACUUGGACCAGCAGAGUCUGCCAGAACCUUACAGCAUGCCAGCGGAAGUGGACGGCCACGCCCCGGACAACCCACUCAUGAGCUCGUUACUCCCUGGGCCUCCUCCCCAGGGAGUGCAGCUGAUGCCUCCAGCUCCCUCGUCUAUUCUCCAAGACGGAAUGGCUCCAGCUCAGCUCUCGCCCUCCGGCGAUGUGCCCCAGUUCUACCCCGUUCCCCCCAGCGGGGCGCCCGGUCAAAUCCCCAUGCCUGGAUUCGCCCCACAGGAUCCUGCCGUUGCCCAGCCCCCGUUCCAGCCUCAGCACGAGCAGUCUAACGCCUACCCUGGAGCUCAUCAGCAAUUCGGUCCUCCGCCACAAGAGGGCCACAUGUCGCCUCGCAUGCUUCCGCCGCAGGGGCCACACUCACCUGUGCAGAUGACUCACCCACCUUUUCAGAUGCCCCAUCACAUGCCUCCCUCGCCCGGACACAUGGCCCCCUCGGAGCAGCCGCCGCUGGGCCCCCCAGAGAUGCACGCUCCACAUCUAAUGUCUCCCUCCCCACGGAGGAGCUCCUUCACACCGCAGAUGGACUUCUAUGACCAGAUGGUGAACAUGGGUCCGAGGAGAUCGCGGACAACGUCGCAAUCCUCAAUGCAUUUGCCGUCGGGACGCAGCUCCCGCAGAGCCUCAGAGUCGUCGACUCACUCCGGCGGAAGGGAGCGGAGCAACUCCACCGUAAAACAGGCCUCCCCUCCGCCGCCCUCGAUUCCCGAACAGCCGUUUAGAGAAGAGACCAAGAAGGCCAAGAAGGAUUCUCCUGAAAAGAGUAAAGGCUGGUCGUUUUGGCCCUUUGGAAAGAGGAAAAAUGAGGCUCACUUGCCAGAUGACAAAAAUCCUUCUAUUGUUUGGGACGAAAAGAAGAAUAGAUGGGUUGACUUGAAUGAGCCUGAAGAAGAGAGUAAGCCUCCUCCUCCACCUCCUACUGGUUUCCCCAAGAUGCCUCAGAUGCCGGGUCCUGGGGGCCCCACCGCCCCUCCUGGACCAGGCCCAAACGUCAACAUGUUUUCCAGGAAAGCAGGCACCAAGAGCAGAUAUGUGGACGUUCUGAACCCGAGCAGAACUGCUAAACCGAGCGGAGUGGCCCCAGCUCCGGUGGACCUCUUUGCUCCUCUGGCACCGAUGUCCAUGCCUGCUAACCUGUUUGUGCCUAGUUCAGCGCCUAACGACCAACAACCUCUGGAAGGCAGCGAAGGUGGAAAUCAAGAGCAGAAUUCACCCAGCAGCAGCGCUGCUCCUCAGGUGUUCAACCCAACGCUGUUACCACCAGAAGGUCCUCCUGUUCCAGAUGGGUUACAGUCAGGAGAGCUUUCACGUUCUAGCUCAAUGAGUUCUUUAUCACGCGAAGUGAGUCAGCAUUUAAACCAGAGUCAUCCAGCCCAGGGGCCUGCACCCUCUGGAGGCGUCACUUUUUAUAACCCUGCUCAGUUUGCACAGACAAGUGCACCGUCAGGAGGUGGACAAAGGUCUAGCCAGUUGGGCCAGCGCCGGUAUCCAGUGUUGAAGUAAACCUCAUCCACAGCGGAGAUCAAAUCAAUAGACUGAAUGGACGAAAUGUGAUUCUACCUGGGAGUAAACGCAGCACAUGGACAUACUGCUCUCUGUCUUAACAACUCCUUUUGCCUUCAUUUUACAAGCUUGAUCCGAUUAUUUUUCUGUCCAAACGGCUUAACCACUGUAACGCCCCCCAAAUCAGCCCCAGUAGGUGUCGCUGGUGUGUUUUUACAAGCGCAGAGUUUCCUUAAAGGGCUUCUUCCCCGAAACCAAACGUGGGUUGGACAAAAAAAAAAACCUAAUUGCAUCAUGGAUACAUUCAUUCAUUCAUACACAAACUGUGUGUUCGUGUCGGCAUAACUGGUGUACAAUGAACGCAUUUGCUCCACUCAAGCCACCAGACGUAAGACUGCUGGCAACAUGAUCGUCCAACUCUCCCAUUGGCUACUUUUUCCUUUUUUUUUUUUUUGUCAGAGCUCCAUAUGUCUGGCUGGGCGUGUGAAGGAUACACAGAGAGCAUCUCCUUUUUUUUUUUUUUUAUUUCAUUCUGGAGACUUCUCUGUGUCUACAGGCGGCAUCUAGUGCGAUUAUGUGCUCGUCUGUCUUGCUGUGUAGACGUUUCCAUUAGGUCCACUAAAAGAAGCACGUGGAGUGAUUUAAGAAAAGGGCAAAUGUAUGCAGUGAUUAUUGCUUCUUUCAGCUAUUUAUUGAACACCCCACCCCGC